UUCAGUCAUUAUCAAACAUUCAGAACAGUUUCAACUGGAGCGGAUUGCCGUUGCAAAAAUUGCAGCUGCCAUGCUCAUCGAAAUUUCAAUAGGUUUCAUCGUGCUGCUCUGUAUUUUCGAGUAUUUCACAAAGCACGGGAGAACCGGUAGAUACUUGAGCGAAAUCCCGGGACCAUCGGCGUGGCCGAUCCUAGGGUCGCUUCCGCAUUUCAUCUUUCCACGAUUGGCGACUCCAGAGACCAUCUGGAAGAUCGGACGAGCGUGGGACACGAAGUAUUACCCUAUCUACAAAUUUUGGAGCGUUCACAAAGUCGUUGCCGUUCUUCUCCACCCUGACGAUAUCGAAAAACUAUUCACGAGUAUCAAGCACUCGGAGAAAAGUGUACUUUACGAUCCGCUCCAUGGAUGGUUGAGAACUGGAUUAUUAACGAGUCAUGGAGCGAAAUGGCAAAAGAGACGCAAAAUGUUGACACCAGCAUUCCAUUUCGCUGUUCUGCAGCAAUAUUUCAAGAGCAUUGUAGAGACCGGAGAGAAAACUAUCCAAGACUUGAUAUCCAAGGGCGAAGCUAUUUACGACGUUACUGAUUUGGUAGCGGAUCACACGUUGAAAGUCAUUUGCGAUACUGCUAUGGGAUACAAGUUCGACGACAAAGAUUUUUUAAUCAAGUAUAGAGAUGCCAUACACUAUCUGGGGCAGUGUCUCGUAUACAGAAUUCUGAAUCCGUGGUUCCUGCCAGAAUCAAUAUUUUGCUUGACGGAGAGAGGCCGAAAAUACAAAGAAGCUCUCAACACUUUGCACACCUUCACCAGAAAAAUCAUAAAGGAGCGAAAGGAAUUUCACGAGCGAACCGAUGGUCACUUCUUGAACGAAUUGCUGCCCUCGAGCUCGCAAGGUUCAUCGGUGGACGUGGAAUAUCACGGCUAUCGUAAGAAGCGUCUGGCAAUGCUCGACCUGCUGAUAGCGGCGCAAAGGGAUGGAGGCCAGAUAGACGACGUCGGAAUACAAGAAGAGGUGGACACUUUUACGUUUGAGGGGCACGACACUUCGGCGGCAGCACUGACAUUCGCCAUGCUGCUGCUCGCAGGGCACAAGGACGCGCAAGGGCGCAUCCGCGCCGAGGUGAGCGCUAUUCUGGAGCGAACCGGAGGAAAAUUGGGCAUCGCCGAGGUUCAGCGGUUCGCUUAUCUCGAGAUGUGCCUGCGGGAGUGUCUCCGUCUGUACCCCAGCGUUCAGUACCUGUCGCGACACACUCCAGAGGACUUGCAGCUGGCCAGUCAUCUGAUACCCGCGGGCACGAUCAUAUUCGUCAACGUUUACUCGGUGCACAGAGCCGCGGAGUUCUGGCCGGACCCGGAUAAAUUCGAUCCCGAGAGAUUUUCGCCGGAAAAUUGCAACGGCCGGCACCCGUUCGCCUACAUCCCAUUUAGCGCCGGGCAUCGCAACUGCAUCGGUCAGAAGUUCGCGAUGAUGGAGCUCAAGGCGUUCCUGGCUCACCUGAUCUACCAUUUUUACUUGGAGCCAGUCGACAGAGUCAAAGACGUGCCGAUAUUGGCGGAUAUUGUUAUCCGACCUGCCAGGUCGAUACGAGUCAAGCUGGUACCGAUUGAAAAAUAACGCGCGCUUAUUUUAUACUAAUUGUAUCUACCAGUCGAUUAGGAUUAUUCAAAGUCAGCAGACUGUAUUACAUACGGUCACCGACAGCUUGCUGAAUAACUUUGAAAUCGUUCGUUCUGCAGUUACUUCGGCUAUUCAACGCUGGCCUUCGAUAGAUUUUAGUUUUUAUUUUCUUGUCUAUUGGUUAAUUAAUUCUUCUUCAUGGAUCGAUCAAUGUGGAUAAAAACAACAAAAUAUUGUAAAAAAAUAUUGUCAAUAUACUGGAAUUAUUGAA